AGCUAUGAAAUAGCCACGUGACUGUAGCCUAAGUUUUUUCAGCGGUUGUUCUCUGAGGUUGUUCUGUUUUGCCUUUUCUCGUGGAGUCAAGUAAUUGCAGAGGUGAACAUGGCUGAUGUCUCGGAAAGGACAUUACAAGUUGCAAUACUGAUUUCCUUUGCAUCGGGGUUUCUAGCAGGUUGGCAGGCCAACAGAAUGAGAAGGAGAUUCCUCGACUGGAGGAAGAAACGUCUACAAGACAAACUGUCAGAAACACAGAAGAAACUGGAUUUGGCAUAAGACAGAAAUUCGUAUUUUGUGGAUUUUAGGACUACUUGAGGAACAACCAGGAAAUUCCAGUUGUCACGUGGACUACAGUGUCAUUGAUAUGAACACCGCCAAGAACCAGCAAUGGGACUGAAGCUGACUGACAACAUGGCUUUGCAAACCGCGUGUUUUACUGCGGAGUUUUAUAACCAAAACGUGUGCUCUGGUGUUGGUCUGCCCUUCAUACGUCCCUGUUUGUAGCCACUCUUUACCUAAAUUAAUAUAUUUUUGCUGUAAAAUCACUUUGGAUACGUUCAAUUUUCAUUUGUGUAAUUCCAACUCAAUGUCUCGAUUUUUUCGCGAGGAUUGAAAUGCUAUUGGCACACACGCCUCCUGAAAUGGCUCGCAAAAUGUAUUAAAAUGUGAUGGUCAAGAACAGAUGAGUGUAUUUCAGUUGCCGUUAAAAAACUGUCUUGUGUCAUUAUUUUGACCGUGGGACACAAUCUGCAGAUACUGUACUGUACGACAUAUAUCAACUCAAUUUAAUGGUCGUAAUGAAUGGCAGAAAUGUACAUAUUUCUUUUCGUAUGGUGCAGUAUCAUUAAUUCUUUGCCUACAUUUGUUAAUCCAGUCGCUCAACCCAUUCUUCACUACUCUCUCUCAUACUUGUACUCUCUCUUGUACUUCUGCAAAGCCCUUUACUAUGGCACGUAACUUGUAGGUGUGUAUAAUGGCAUGUUAUUGGUUGGAACAGUGACAUAGUUUCCUUACUACUCUCAGUGUAACUUUUAUAUACAUUUGGUAAGUCACUCUAGAUAAGAUUUCAAAAGUAUUGUAUAAAUCAGAGGUUUGUAAAGACUCUUGUGUCCUCAGAUUAAACUUUUUUUUUUUUUUUUUUUUACUGUAAUCGAAUCUAUGUGAACCAGUAUUGCUGUAUACAGCUGAAUAGCUCUUUUAGCCCGGGUAACUGGUGGAAACAAAAGCCUGCAUACACACUGGCUCUCCAGGACCGGAACUGCCCACCCCUGAUAUAAAUGUAAAUACGGCAGUUGUACUGAAUACUGUAAGUGCAUUGUCCUCAGUUCAGUGUAUCAUCCACAAUUCCACGUGGGUAUAUGUACAAUGUCUGAGGCCAACCAGUUUUCAAAGAAUGACAUGCAUAAGAACAGAAAGUGCUAGUGUAACCUGGCUGGUUUUUAACUAUUCGAGUCUAGGUUUUGGGGACGCACAUACAAUCGUCUGUGCUUUGCUAUACGAGCUAUAAAAUGUUUUUUGAAUACAACUGUUUGAGAUGUAAUGUGUAGUCUGCCAAUACUUGGAAUGCUACUGAAUCUUAAUGUUUCCACACGUCUUGAAAACAUGCGCACAUGAAUGACGAGAUUUCCCUGUGUCGCUUUUUCAUCGAUACACAAAGCAAAAGGAUAGCCUGAUUGGUAAAUCCAGGUUAUGUACGGAUCUCACGCUGGCUCGACCCCUGACAGCUGUAUCUUAGCGACCGAACGUAGCGUCUCCAGAAGGAAAAGCGUCCGGAGUUCUCUCCCUGGUGCAGUGAUACAUCAACGACUUCUCGUUACAUUAUAUAUGUAAUCGAUUGACAACUUGUAGCCAUCUAUAAUCCCCUUGCUUGCAACCCAGCUGGCAAAUAGCUGGAUUUGCCUGACCGUUGUCGCUUAUAAAUGAAAGCAGCUAGCUACAAUGAUUCAGCUAGCUACCAACUAUUGAGAACAUGGAUAACUUCGCUUGCUAGCGAGCUGGACAGGGCCAAACCCUUAAUUAAGCUAGCUCGUUAUAUUUGAACUUUUUUGUAUUGUUCUAAAACAUGGCACCAAAGAGAAAAGGGCCUUUGCAAACAGUGCAAAGGAACACGGAUGAUAUUAAAAAACAGGUUGAUAGUUUGAUGCUAGAAGUUCGCCAGUUCAAAGGAUCUGCAGAGAGCAAAGCAAUGACAGAGGCAUCAGAGAGAUGCACACAUUUACAAAGAUCAGUUGAAGAAACUAUGAUGACUCUGAAGAAGCUAACCAAAGCUGACGAACCUGCGCCGGUGGGGAAUUAUGAGCAGAGAAAACUGGAUGAAGAAAACAGACUGAAGAUGAUGCAGGAGCAGCUGCAGGCUUUGGCUCUGGCUGUCUCUCCCGCCCAGAAGCCCGGUCCAAGCCGAAAUGCAGACGUGCCAAGUUCUUCUCAGACUGAGGAAGACGAUGAUGCAGGAGCUGAGAGUGAGGAAGAGGAAAGUGAAGAAGAGGAAGAUGAGGACGAAGAAGAUGAUGAUGAGGAAGAAGAUUUAGAAAAUCAAGCAGAGACUUUCAUUGCCAUCAGCGCCUUCACAGGCGAACAGGAGGGUGACCUCACGGUGCAGAAGGGGGAGCUGCUGAGCAUUCUCAGUAAAAACCCUGAUGGCUGGUGGCUUGCCCAAGACUCCAGUGGAAACAAAGGUUUAGUGCCCAAAACAUACCUGAAGGCGCACCAGGAUGAGGAAGAGGAAGGUGAUGCAGAGGAUUCAGAGACUGAGGAAGAGAGUGAGGAGGAGGUGGAUGAAGUCUCAAAAACCAAGCAGAGCAGCCAAAAAUCUGCCUGGGAUGUUGUGAGAAAAGAAGUUUUAGAGAUGAACGCUACGGAUGUUCUGGCUGCCAUGGGGGCCAUCCCCGCUGGGUUCCGGCCGUCCACCCUCUGCAGUCUGCUCAGUGAAGGGAACACCUACAGGGGCAGCUACUACCUCCAGCCAGAGCUCAGCCAGUCCCAGCUGGCUUUCAAAGACCUUUUCUGGGACCCGGACACUGGAAACGUGCGGCCCCGCCCGUCCCGGACGUCUCUGACGCUCACGCUGUGGAGCUGCAGGAUGAUCCCCACGCCGGGGGUGGGGGUGCAGGUCCUCAGCAGACACGUGCGGCUGUGCGUGUUCGACGGAGCCAAGGUUCUGAGUAACAUUCACACCGUCAGAGCCUGUUACAAUUCGAAAAACCCCAAGACCUGGACGUUUUCUCCAAGGAUGGUUGGCAUCCUUCCCAGCCUGAUGGAUGGAGACUGCUUUGUCCGGAUCGACUCGCAGUCACCUGACCUGGGAAUCCUGUUUGAACUGGGGGUCACCUACAUCCGAAAUUCCACAGGUGAGCGGGGGGACCUGAGCUGUGGCUGGGCGUUCCUGAGGCUGUGUGACGCCAGCGGCGUGCCUGUCCCGCGCAGGACCUAUGAACUGCCGGUGCACGGAGGCACCCCGUACGAGCAGGGCGUGGAUGUGGACCCCUCUAUAACCAGAAGAGCCACGGGCAGCGUGCUGCAGCAGAUGAUGGUCUCCAGGAAACUGCCCAAACUCAUCGUCAAGCUGAAGUCCCCCAACGCUAAGACCAGGGCCAAUCUGAACCUCCUGCCGGACACUCUGGUGGGCAGCAGGUGCAGUGUCCAGCUGCUGGCGCUGUACAGACAGGUGCUGGCAGACGCGCUGCUGAGAGACAGGCUCACCAUGCAGAACGCAGAUCUAAUCUGCAGCCCGGUGCUGGCCACGUUCCCCCAGGUUCUCCAUCAGACCGAUCUUCUGGACGCCCUGAGGAGCGCGUGGGCGGAGAGGGAGAGUGGGCUGAAGAGAUCUCAGAAGCGGGACACACAGCUGCUGAAGGGCCUGUUUGUGGAGGUGUACCUGGAGACAGUCUUCCCCCUGCUGCACUCAGCCGGCCUGCCCCCUGCCCGGUGGGCCGACGAGGAGCAGGAGACGCAGCGUGCCAGCGUGGUUUUCGCCCGCCCCCCGCAGGGCGCGCUCGCCACCCUCCUCUCCGCCGACCACGCCCAGGAGGCCUUCGACAUCGCCCAGCUCGCCUACGACUUCCUGAGCCCCACCAGGGCAGCCCCGCCCACCAACUGACCCGCCCACCAACUGACCCGCCGAUGACAUCGCACACACUCUGCAGCAACCGGAAAAAUGAGUAAUUAUCUUAACAAGGAAUUUAGUCUUAUACUAAGACUUUAAAAAGGCUUAUUUCCUCUUAAUACUGAAAAAAGAAAAAAAAAAAGAUUGCCAAUGAGGUGAGGCAGUCUGACUCAAUUCAAGAUUUGCCAGUGGGGCAAGACAAUUUGACUGGUCAAGCAGAAAAUCUGUUAUUUUCUACUUGAGAGAAAGAAAGAAGAUUUUAAUUCUCCUGACAAGACUGAAGCACUUGUUCAGACAGACCUUUGUUGCAGUGUAGCGUGCUGUAUGUACAGUCUUCUCACCACAGCCUCUAAGAACACUGAUGCUGAAGGACGGCUUUGAUUCAGUGGUGAAUGGCCACGCUAAACGGGAGCCCUCAGCGUUCAGCAGUUCUCACCGAGAGCUCAAUCAGUUCAUAAGGGUCAAGUGCAAAGCUGCAGAAUCAAAUCUCAGUUUCGGUGCAGAGGCUUUGCUUUCACACCAGCAAAUGGACAGGAAUAGAACCAAGCCUUUGGGUCACACCCUUCCGCAUGAAGCCAGCGGACCGAAUCUUCAGCGCCGCGGUGAUUUCGGCAAACGGCCGUGUCCCGCCCGUAGUCCCCGGCCUCUCUCUGUUGUUUUCGGGAAAGAGUGUUCAAACGCUGCCGGAACUGUAAGGACUGCUCUUAUUGUCAACAGUCUUAAAAUGAGUGCAUUUCUGAAGAUGUAUUUUU